AUGCAGGACUUGGACGCGCCAAAAUACUCCUACGUUACCCUGCAACCUGGGUUCUUCCGACUAUUCAAGCUGCUAACAAGAGCCGCUUCAUCUUAUGAUGGCUCUCCUCUAGGUCAAGCCGCAGGUGCAGCUAACAACGCGACUCUUGAGGGCGAGUUUGUCGAAAGCCCCUUCCAAAACCCCAUCGUCUAUGAAGCUCUGUCCUACUGCUGGACUGGUCACGAGCGCGCUCUGUCGCCUGAGGAACGUGGCAAACGCUCGACACUCGACCGCCCGAUUCUCGUGAGGGAGGGCGCUAAGGUUGUGGGCGUCCUUCUCAUCAGUGCCGUGUUGGAGGGAAUACUGCUCCAGCUGAGGACACAUACGGACAAGCCAUUGUUCGUUGACCAGUUAUGCAUCAACCAGGCCAACAACGCUGAAAAGGGGCAUUUGGUCAGACACAUGGGCGAGAUCUACUCCAAAGCAAAGCAAGUGCUGGCAUGGCUAGGGCCGUCCACUUUGGAAGCAGACCGACUCGUUUCAUUCAUGAUGCACCUCGAAGAAGACGCCAAACCUGCCUAUUUGCGCCUAUGCGAUCACGACUACCCGACUCUCGAUGCCCUCCGCCUUUCAGUCGCCGCACCGAACCCAGAGUCCAAGCCUGUCCCCAGUAAUCUGAUCCAAGACCGUGACGUGUUGAGAGAGGCUGUCAUGGCGAUGCAGGAUGACAUGGCCCUCAGAGGCUUCAUGGAUAUCUGCUCGCGCCAGUUAUUUGGUCGGAUGUGGAUCGUCCAAGAAGCAUGUUUGUCAGGUACCCUGCAUUUCGUGUGCGGCCACAAUGCGUGGCAUGUUGACCAAUUCGAGCGAGUGUUACUACUCUUCACCAUGUUCCUAGCCUACCGAGCCGGCAAUCUGACGGCCGAGGACGUGGGUAAAGAUUUUCCAAAGGUCGAUGACAUUAUCUCCGCCAUUGGACUUUGCCGCUUCGUGAAUCGAGUCUUCAGUACGCGAAGAACCAUCCAUGGACAGGGCCAGACACGUAUGCCCAUGUUCCACCUGUUGACCAAGUUUAACGUGGCCGACACAGGCACUCCACUAACCGAGGAACAAGACUUGCAAAAGUUCCGCGCGGGUAAUCCGCGUGACUGUCUAUACUCCUUGCUCGCGCUGCCAGAUGAGAAUGACACGAUUAUGGAGCGUGUCGAGGUCAGCUAUGAAAAGUCGGUGCAAAAUAUCUUCACACAACUUGCGGAGGCAAUUGCGAGGGACUACCCCGAUGUUCUGCUAUUCUCUCAAAAUCACUCGAAACAGUUCAAGGACCUUCCCUCGUGGGUUCCCGACUGGACUUCUCAACUUCUCUGCCCCUUUGGAUACGGCCAGUCCAGCAAACCACUCUUCACUGCCGGCUACGCAAGAGGGAGCCCAAUCUGGGAGGGAUCAACCGAGUCUUACGUCGUUGACUCUUCGCUGGUCAUUACCGGAACGCUCAUCGAUACCAUCAGUAAAGUAGGCGAGCAUGUCUAUGAGACCCCAGUGUCCCCACACCACAAGCCUACUGAAGUUUCGCACCAUUACUUCCUUUCAGAGGUUGAGUAUUUCUGCCGACUGGCAAGAAAGAGGCAGGCAGAGGAUCCCGACGAAUCCCCGCCAUGUCUUGGAGAUGCACCGUGGCUGAUAGCAUCGGGCGGUCGUGGUCUGGCGAGCAGUCCCCAGGCGAGCCAAGACGAACUGCUCGGGCCUGAAAUACAGGGCGUGCGGCUUCUUGAUGCCGCCUACCAGAUCUGGCGCCAUUACCUUGAGCGGCACACCAAAAAGCACGAGCUAUUGGGCUGGCAAGGCCGCCGGGCGGAGGUCCUGCGGCCACUGGAGGAGCAAUGGCUCGAGAUGAAGAAGCGUACAGGUCUUUUCCAGGCCAUAGCGUACUGGCUUGGCCUGGGCGCGGGCUGGGACGCCUACGAGUUUUGCGAAAAGUUCAACCAGCACUGGGACAAGUUUGGUCCGGUGAUGGGGACAGAAAGAAAUGCUGAAGAAGAGGACGGGCGUAACCUCGCGGCGGAGGUGAGAGACGAGGCUGCAGUUGUCUCCGGGCGUCUGGGGAAAGCCAUGGACAUCCAGCAGGGGAGAAAGUGCUUUUGCCUGUGA